CCUCUUCUUACCUUUUCUUCGCGCUCGUUCGGAUGACACGAGGGAAGAAGCGUGUCUAGAGAUAAGCUAAGCGCGCUCGCGCUGCUUAUCCACUCGGUCAACCGAUGGCUUGAUUAAUGUCUCGGCUGUCGCUCGGCGACACAGCCUCGCGCGCAUCGCAGCUACGACAUCGAUCAAUCGCGCACGUCGAUUCCAGCAAGUGGUAGCGAACGUUCCACAACGAGUCCCCAUGUAUUACCUCCGACGUCGUCAUUGUCGCGCGAUGAACCCGACGACGACGACGACGUCGUCGUCGUUGUUGUGUUGUUAUCGUGAUCCGACCGUUGACCACCGUUGACUCUCCCGUUCAUCAGGCGCGUCGUUUCCGCCUCUCGACGCACUUUUAAAUUCGAGAACACGCACGAAAAAUAUACUGUAACCUGAUCAUUAUGUACUCUGUUCAAAUUGACAGCAUUUUUUCUGACAAUAUUUUACACAUAAAAAAUUUUUUUUUUUUUUUUAAAUCUUAUAAAUAUAAAAAAUUAUGAGAAGUGUUACGAAGCGUUUGUAGCGCCAAAUCGACCGUGUUCUAUGACUGUUUUAAUUGACCAAUCAGAAUAAAGAAAUCUUUGUCGUGAUUCACGAUAUAGAUAGGCUCGUCUAUGUAUUUUAUAUGUCUAUGCAGCAUACUUAUCUUGCGCGUGCGCACUUCGUUUUGACCGAAUGCUCAUCAAAGGCAAAGGGGCCGACAAGGGACAAGGUGCAGUUGCAGCUAAUGCUGGUGAAAAAGUUAGUAGUAUUAUCUCUUGUAAUAAAAAAGAUACUUAAGUGUUUAUACAGACAUAAAAAAUACGUGACUCGAACUUGCAAAGUUGAAGUCGUAUAUAUUUUUCGAUUGUUCUUGUUUUUAUGCAUAUAUUCUGUUACAUCAUUGAAGGCCAGAUAUAAAGCGUCGAUACUUUUCUAAUAAGUUUCAAAGAAAGGCUCCAAAAAAUAAGAUAGUUCUCGGCGUCAGUUAUGUUGUUGAAAUUCCUGGUAUACUGGUGAUUUUUACUGUGUUGACUAUUGAGUAUGUUUAUGUAUGAAGAAAGUAUGCUUGAUUUUUUCAAGAAUUAAAAAUCCUCUUUUAAUAUACUUUAAUUGUUGAGUCACAAAAUGGCAUUAUAAUUUAGAAUAUGCCAUUGUGUAAAUACAUUGAUCAAAGUAUAUGAAGAGAUUAUAGCUGACCCAUUUGUUUUUUCUUUUCCAAUAAUAUGGUGAUGGCAGGAAACGAAAAUGCGCCAAGUGCCUUGGCAGAUGACGCAUUAUCCGCAAGACUACAAUGGCUACGUCAGCGUCGAGAGGCCUUACAAGAGAAGCUUGCUCAAAAAAAUAGUGAAUUGAAAAACUUGUGCGUGGAAGAGGCAGAGAUAACGGGAGUUUUACCUCCAGAAAUACCUCUGGAGCCUGGAGAAAGUCCUCCAAUUUUUCAUAGGAAAGGCGUUACAUUAAUAUAUCCACAAAAAUCAGUUAAUGUACUGAAGACAGUCGAUGUUGAAGAGUCAGAAUUGGAAUUGGAGAGGCAGGUACAACUCGGAAUUGUGGAAACUGCAUUGAGUAUUAUUAAUGAUUCUACAGAGAGCAAGGCUACACGACGUAAGCAUAGACUUGCUUAUCAGCAAAGUCAGCGACGGUUACAAGAGUUAGAGACAGAAUUGAACUUUAUAAGGCAGAGCCGUGGAAAAACCCAUCGAUCGGCGCAAUUACCGAUCCAUACGGGAAAUUAUAAUACGCAACCGCAUUCGCACGUUAACGUAAAACACAGGACGAAGAAACCACGACCACCAUUAGAUAGUACAGGAAACGAAGUAACUACUCCAAAAUUUGCUGGAAGAGGUAUACUCCAUGAACCUGGUAUCAGUCUGAGUCCAUUAGGAUCUGAAGACAAAUGUAUUCUAGACAAACCCAAUACGUAUUCCGGACUCGGUUACGAGGAGCAGUCGAAUGUACCGAACAUCUGCAAUCAUCAUCACCAUCACAGUGGUACUUAUCCCGGUGCGAGCCCUGUCGAUCAUCCAAACAUUAAGAUCGUCGAGUAUGAUCACAACGAUAAUCACAACAUCUAUAUUUUGCCGGAUCAAUACCGCGCUCGUACAUAUUCUCACGGAAGCGGUGGGUCCAGGGGCCACUAUCCGGACACUGAGAGAACUUAUCGACCUUACGUGCCGAAUACCUAUACCGAGGAUGAGCGUCAAAUGCGCUAUCGGCAAUUCCAGCAUUUGCAACAGAAGCAACAGCAAUUACAGGAGAGUCACAGGCCGCAAUAUACAGGUUCCAUCGAAUACAAGCACUUGGAUAACGCGGAUAUCGUACGGAGAACGAGCCAAGGAAUUUACGAGAAAGAUUUUCGCGCGUCAUAUUAUACGCCUAUCACUGACUACCAGAUUUAUUACAAAAAUAGUACGCAAUCUCAGCCUUUAUUGAGGCGAGACCGCGACUCAUCUUCAUCUGGUGGUAAGAAUGUCCCGCGACACACUGCAAUCAGCAGUGCGUCAAUCGAAACGCAACUGCUAUCUGGUUACUGGGUGCGUCACAACGACGACAUUCACUGGGUGAGCAUUGACGAGUCCGAUAGAUUCGGCAGUCUGGACCGCAGGCGGCGAAAUCACAACAGCUGUGGUGCAAAUUCGGACGUACAAUCACGUUAUCGCACGGUCGCCGUGACGGGCGUCAAAGGCUCACCCACUAGCAGCAACAUCAUCGCGUCGUCCCAUCAGCACCACUCUGUUCAUCUGUUGCCAUUGGCCGAACAACAAAUGCCGUUGGUGAACAAUAACCACAACAAAAUGCUGCUACGUACGCAAUCUUUGGGAAGUGUGGAGACGUGGCAAUCGAAUUAUUCUCACGAUUCGCACGACGGCAAAGACGCGCCGACCGCGGAAUAUGCUAAUAAUAAUAAUAAUAAUCGUAAGAGUCGUCAGAAGGAAUGGUACGAAACAUCCGUGGAUUCAGGAGCGAGUGCGGGCUUGGAUCGCAAUUUGAUUGCUCCCCAUAAGAAUACGCUUGCUUAUCAAUCGAGUCCUCCGCCAGUUCGUAUCAAGACAGUCAUUAACGAAAACAAGAGGGACAAUCAAACGAGCAGUGGGCCGCUGCCUACUAUGAGUCCAGUAAAUCGUCACAAGAGAGACAAGUCCGAGGAGUGCCGGCAACACGCAGUACAAUCGCACGCUCGUUACGAUCAGUCUGCAACGAGACCGAAGGUGCUGGAGAUACCGGCCGAAUCGAAACCGUCUUUGGACGUUUGUGAUGAUGCGAUACGACCGCCAUUGGGUUCACCGCAGAACUGCACGGUUGUGCAACCGGGAAAAUAUCAGCCAUACAGAGAAGUGACGAAGCCCUUCGAGAUGUCGGACUUCUACAAGUAUUCGACGAAAUUUCGCAAAAGGAACGAAGCUGCUACGCAAUCUCAAGCCGGAAACGAUUCUCCUCUCCAGGAGAACCGUCCCACGGAAAUUGGUUCCAGUGAUUUGUCCAGAAAUUCCAAUACCUACAACUUCGCACAAAACAUCGAUAACAUUACCGCCAGUCCAGUACAAAGAAGACUCUAUCAGCCUGUGCAGCGCAUGACUUGCCAACCUUAUCUUUCAUCGUUGAGAUAAUUGCACAAGAUAUAGAACUCAUUUAUACUGUUACUGCUAUUAGUUCUCACACACACGCACACAAAAUUUAAUCGAAGAAAGGCUGGUCCUAUCGACAAAUAUUUCUUCUUUGGUCAAUGCACUGACAUAUGACAUAUCAUACAUAUAUAAUAAAAAAAUUUAUAAUAAUUUGGUAAAUAUCGAUAUUGCCAUUUUUUUUAACUGCAAUUGAUUAUGUUGCAUUGAUGAUAAUAAAAAUUAUGUCGAUUAAUUGACUAAUAUUGGGACCUAAAUAGUGCCUUUUAAUAAUCGAAAUUUCAAGUGGAUAAGAAAUAAUAUUAUAAAAUAUAUUCUCAAUAUUAAAUUAUAUAUAUAUAUUUUUUUUUCUAUAAACAAUAUAAAUGGGAUGAAAUUUUUGGAAAAAGAUUUUGUGUCGCGAAAGAUUACUAUUAACAAGUUAUUACUAUUGGUUGUUAGAUACAGCUCUUUCUAUAUAAGCGCGUUUAUUAUAUUAUUAGGCGAAAGAGUCUAUAAAUUUGUUACAUGCAGACUUCGUAUUCUUAGGGUUUUAUGGACUCUAUCGAUAAUCUGUCUCUUAUGAUUGAACAUAAAAUGUGUAAUAUGAUUUUUUAUAGUUUGAAAGAAAUGAUAAUAUUCCCAACAGUUCUAUAUAAAAGAAUCAUAAAAGCGGAUAUAUGUGCGUUUAGUCUUAGAACAACGACAAUACAUACAAUUUAUAUAUGAAUCACGUAUAAAUUGUUCAUAUGUUAUAUAUGCCUAUAUAUUAUAUUUUAUCGCUUGGCGUAUAAUAUUAAAAAAAAUAACAUACAUCUCUCUCGCUAGAUUUUGUUUACCACAGUGUGUUCGCUGGAAAUAAUUUUAUAUCUAAUUAAGUAUAAACUUAAUUCUCGCAUUGAACACGUUAAUUACGUGUUAGCGUUUAUUAUCGCGAUUGUAAUAAUAUUACAGUUAUCUUUUUGGUAAAGCGUUAUAUAUAUAUAUAAUAUAUAUUACUGUAUAAUGCAUAGUUAUAUUUAAAGCGAUAUAGAUUUACUUAAUUCACAUGUUGAAAAAACUCCAAUCACAGAUAUAGAAAAUAACAAACGGAUAUAGCCUUAUAUAUUAGCUGUGAUUAAUUAUAUGUUGUGUAUUGUGUAUGCUAUUUUUAUGAAAUCUUUUUAU